AUGGAGGCCGGGUCGGUGGUGCGUGCUGCGUUCGACUUCCUGCCCAGCGUCUCGGAGGAGCUGCCCCUCUUCAGCGGUGACGUCAUCGAGGUGCUCGGCGUUGUGGACGAGUUCUGGCUGCUCGGGAACAAAGAUGGCGUCACAGGUCAGUUUCCCGUCACUUUUGUGGAGGAGGUCACUAUUCCCAGCUGUAAGCCCGAAGACAUACUCUACGUGUGCAUCAGCGACUUUUGCUCAGCAGAACCUGACAACCUGCCUCUGAAAAAAGGUGAUGUCGUGGUCAAAGAGACCGGAGGCUCCAUGGACCUCAGCGAGCCGUGGCAGCGUGGACGUAACUCCUGGGGGGUCCGUGGGCUCUUCCCGUCGUCGUGUGUGAAGGAGCUGAGCCUCUCGUCUCGCUCACGGCUGCUUUCCGAGCGCUCUCUCCAGUCUUCAGAGCUGCCUCCUUACGCUCUGGGACAGGCCCGGGCCCUCAUGAACCUCCACGCUCAGCUCAACGAGGAACUAGACUUUCGAGAGGGGGACCUGAUCAUCAUCACGGGAGUCCCUGAGCCCGGUUGGUUUGAAGGAGAACUCAAUGGACGCAGAGGGACUUUUCCGGAAGGGUUUGUUGAACUGUUGAGUCCUCUCUGUUCCCCGGAUGUGCUCAUGGACUGCCCUUAUCUGGCUGAUGAGUGUGAUGUUAACUAUGGGGACGAUCUGGGAGAGGGGACUGACGAAGAGGUCGUGCAAGAAGCAAACGAGAUUCUUGAACCAGAACCAGACAGUGUCAUUGAAGAAGCUGAAGAGGAUGAAGAAGGAGCCGUGUAUGGUGUGGCAUUGUAUGAAUUUCGAGCUAUGGAAGCAGGCGAGCUGGACUUCGACGUUGGAGAUCGUAUUCAAAUCUUGAGCACUUUGGAAGACGGGUGGCUGGAGGGGAAAGUGAAAGGACAGCAAGAUCGCAAGCCUCAGCACAGACCCCUCACAGAGAGGAGGAGAAAUCCAAGUUUGGGUCGGACCUUGGUUGAGUUUCUAGACAGUGAGAAGUCUGUAAGACCAGCUCGUCAUGCUAGUUUCAACGAUGCGGAUAGACUGGGCAAAGCAGAAACCCUGCCCAGAUCACAGCAAAGCAGAUCGAACGGCAAACGUCUUUCCUCCAUCACCUUAGAGGCUCUCACAACCACCGCGAGCGACAUCGAAACCAAGCUAUCCCAGCAGCUUUUUGAGUUCGAGAAAAGUUUGGUGUCAUCUCUGAGCGACAAUAAUAUUAGCCAAGACGACUCGGGAAACCAGUUUUCAAGGCAUUUCUCUAUAAUGGACUACAACAGUGAAAGCGAUAUCAUCCGAGGCACGUCACACUCCCCCGUCCCUCAUUUAUCACAAUCUAACUCUGCAUCUUCUUCACUGGAGAGGCGCAGGACGCUUCGACCACCCCCGCCCCGGCCCAGAGUACAUCGCCCCCUAGUGCCACCUCCCUGCAAACCAGCUCGCCCUCCACCUAGUCCCCCAUCAAGACUGAACACAGCUCCAGAACGACUCGAUUGUGGAAAUAACCCCAUCUUCUUCACUCCCGACACGCCCUCUUUGGACAUCCUCGACCAGCCGAUAGACACGGAAGACUAUUACGGCGUUCUGGCCCGGGCACAAGAAGAGGAAAUCCAAAAUCAGAUGGAUGUGGAGAAAGAGUUAGAGAGAGAGGCAGAGAUUAGCAGGGAGGAGGAGCAGAGAUACCACCUUGUUCUACGGCUUCAGGAAGUGGAGAAUGAUAUGGAGGCCUAUGCUCGGACUGCAGAGGAGCUGAGGAUGAUGCUGGAGGAAGAGGAAGAUGAAAUGGCUCGGACACAAGCUCUGGAGAAUCUGGAGUUCUGUAACUACACACUGGAGACGCUGGCUCUGGAGCAGCACCAGCUACAAGGUACGUAA